AUGAAGGAGAAUGACAUGAAUAAUGGCGUAGAUAAAUGGGUAAAUGAGGAAGAUGGUCGAAAUGAUCAUCAUAACAACAAUAAUAACUUGAUGAAGAAGGCCAUGAUGAACAAUGAGCAAAUUGAUAGAACUCAGGAUAUCGACAACGCCAAAGAAAUGUUGAGGAAAAUAUCAAGUGAAAGCAGCUCGCGCAGAAGCUCCCUGUUGAAUAAAGAUUCAUCUCUCGUGAACGGCAAUGCAAACAGUGGCGGUGGUACGAGCAUUAACGGAACAAGAGGAAGUUCUAAGAGUAGUAAUACACACUUUCAGUAUGCCUCCACGGCGUAUGGUGUAAGAAUGUUGAGUAAAGAUAUAUCUAAUACCAAAGUGGAACUGGAUGUGGAAAAUUUGAUGAUUGUUACGAAACUCAACGAUGUCUCACUGUAUUUCUUAACAAGAGAGUUGGUAGAAUGGGUUUUGGUACAUUUUCCACGUGUGACUGUUUAUGUGGAUUCCGAAUUGAAAAACAGCAAAAAAUUUGCCGCUGGCGAGUUAUGUGAAGAUAGUAAAUGUAGAGAAUCAAGGAUCAAGUAUUGGACAAAGGAUUUCAUCAGGGAACAUGAUGUUUUCUUCGAUUUGGUAGUGACUUUGGGUGGCGACGGUACUGUUCUUUUUGUAAGUUCCAUUUUUCAGAGACAUGUACCACCCGUUAUGUCGUUUUCAUUAGGGUCUCUAGGAUUUUUAACAAAUUUUAAGUUUGAACAUUUCAGGGAGGAUUUACCUCGGAUUAUGAAUCAUAAAAUCAAGACAAAUUUACGGUUGAGGUUGGAGUGCACAAUUUAUCGUAGACACCGCCCUGAAGUAGACCCAAACACGGGGAAGAAAAUAUGUGUGGUGGAAAAACUAAGCACACACCACAUUUUGAACGAAGUGACCAUCGAUCGUGGUCCAAGUCCUUUUCUAUCCAUGUUAGAAUUGUAUGGUGACGGCUCAUUAAUGACCGUUGCGCAGGCGGACGGACUGAUUGCUGCUACUCCGACUGGGUCCACGGCCUAUUCUUUGAGUGCAGGUGGGUCAUUGGUAUGCCCAACCGUCAAUGCAAUCGCUUUAACACCCAUUUGUCCACAUGCAUUGAGUUUCAGACCCAUCAUCUUACCAGAAAGUAUAAAUUUAAAAGUGAAAGUCUCGAUGAAGUCAAGGGCUCCAGCAUGGGCGGCUUUUGAUGGGAAAGAUAGAAUUGAAUUGCAAAAAGGUGAUUUUAUAACCAUAUGCGCCAGCCCAUAUGCUUUUCCAACCGUGGAAGCCUCGCCCGAUGAGUUUAUUAACAGUAUCAGUCGACAACUAAACUGGAAUGUGAGGGAACAACAAAAGUCCUUUACGCAUAUUUUGUCCCAAAAGAACCAAGAAAAAUAUGCACAUGAGGCGAACAAAGUCAGAAAUCAAGCAGAACCUUUAGAGGUAAUAAGAGAUAAAUACUCUCUGGAAGCAGACGCUACUAAGGAAAACAACAACGGAAGCGAUGAUGAGAGCGACGAUGAGAGUGUAAACUGCGAAGCUUGCAAAUUAAAGCCUUCGAGCGUCCCAAAACCUUCUCAAGCAAGGUUUUCAGUAUAA